CGUACCACACAAUCGUCGGCCAGGCCCUUGCCAUGCGAUGUCGUUGCAGAGCCCCAGACUUCGACAUUACAGGACCAUGACAGCGAUCUGCUUCGUGUGCAACCUGCCGAUCCUGAGUCAUCAGGUCGGACUGAUAUGGCAGGGUGGCAACGGCUGGGACGACCUCGUGCGAGAGCAAGUGGAGGAGUCUACUCUGAAGCAACGACUGGGAACAGGCAGACGAGACUCCGCGGCGCAGAUUACAUCGAUCUCGCCGCCGAACGAGAUUCAGGACUCCUCGCCGACGAACCAGCGCCGUCGGCGAUCAAGCCUCGCUCAGCUCACUGACAUACUGCGCGAAUGGGGUGGCGGUGUAUCCGGAAAAAGCAGCCGCGGCAACAAGCUCUCCCGCAGGGAGACCCUGGCGGACAUCGCCAAAUUGCCGUGGUCGCGGCAGACCACCACAGACGCCAGUCACUUGGCCAGCCUGCGAAAAAGGCGGGAAAGCUCGGUCGACAGCGGUAUUCGGAGUCAGGUGUCGACCAAAUCUAGACGGGACUCGGCCAUCAGCGACUUUAAGAACGACAUAGCCCGGUUGUGGAGCAAAAAGGAUGUGCAGCCGCAGCCGCAGCCGCCCACGGUCAUCUCGCCCACGCCGCGACGAGGUUCGGGAGAAUCGAAAAACUCUCGUCGCGGCUCGGGCGAGAGCGCGAGAUCCAGGAGGGACUCGGUGAUUGCGGGACAAACUCCGAGUCCCGGCGAGCGUAAGCACAAUUGUCGCCAUCAUAGACGUAGGCAAUCUCAACAGUCGGUCGACGGAGGUGGUAUCACGCCUACAAAAUACUACAGGAAUGAUCAAAGACCGAGCGCUUCUAGUACGGACAGUGCGGCUAGUAAUACGGUUAGAGACCAUCUGGAGGCUCAGAGAAGCUCCACAGACAAGAGCGAAAGAUCGAGCAGUAUCGAAGCCAAGACCCAAUCGACGAGCACCUCCAUGAACGACACAAAAAUAGUGAUGACGGCGACGUCUUUGACAGUCGACGGAAAGGCGUGCGUCGUCACCACCACGGAAUCAAGAAUGAUGACAGUGACAAUCAACACCUUGCCGGUGGUGCCAACUUCGUCGACCUUGAGCGUAGAGCAGAAGAUUGUUUUUGAAAACAAGUCUGGCAUCAAUCUGGACACAUCCGUGAACCCGCCGACUAUCGUCAUGUCUUCGGUAACACCACCGGCGAUCUCACCGACGACCGGAAGCAGCCUCCCGCUUCCCGGCACCUCGACUUCCGGUAGCUCAAGCCCGGUCGGCUCCCCGAAUGUCAACAACACACCUACGCAUCCGUUACUUUCCACUCGAAGAGACUCAACUACGCAGUGUUAUUACAAGGGUAAAGAAGUUUCGCCGAACAAAUUGUCGAGGCUGACGCGUCAACAGGCAGCAAUAGACGAAUCGAUGCCACCCGUGGGACGUCGUGGUAGCCAGCCAACUUUAUCACCGGAUCCUGACGAUGGGGGUAGGUAUCGACUGUUGUUACAAUUAAUUUUAAUAUAUCAAUUGCGAUUGCCUAUAAAUAGUAGUAAUUUUUUUCGUAAUUAAUCAAAAGAUACACAAUAAUUUCGUAAAAAUUUAUAGUAAUAUUCAAUGCCUCGUAUGUGAAUUUUAUAUUGAACUUUGCUUUGCAGAUCGCCAGACAGCUCUUCGUGUUCGUCCCGAGAUCCCAGCCCUUGCGCUCGCGCACCCGGUAUCCAACAUGCGCCGACAAUACGACGACAAUCCACCACCGAGGAGAUCUUGAUAGCGCGCGGUUUUCGACGGCAGAGCACCACCGAGGAAAUGAUACGCUGCCGUAAUUUUAGACGACAGAGCUCUCAAAGUGACGACACGGUUCAGCGAUAUCGCGGACGAAGAGACAGCUCGGCUCAAAUUACGGAUGGUACUUUCGCGACGAUGACAGUCGAGACGUCCAGCACCUUCUUCGACAGCAGCACCCAGACUGAACCGUCGCCGUUAUACGACAACAACCACUAUCACGAGGAGUGCCUAAAAUGUAACAGCUGCGGCCUGAAUCUCACGGGACCCAAUCAAAAGCGAGCGAGACGGUUCAAGAAUCAGAUACUUUGCGAUCUGCACUUUGCCGACGUGGCGCUGAUGGAGUGCUCGGACUUCAUGCAGCAGUUGCGCAGCUUCAAGCCACAAAGUUUAGGCUGCGCAGUUGCGAGAAGAAAGUCCUCGACCACCCUGAUCUUCCCGCUGCCACCUCAGGCGUGCUCCGAUGAGUUCUGUCAAGAGUUCCCGCACAACCUGAUACCGACGCCCGGCUACUGGAUCGAAUGCUCGCGGCAGCAGAUCACGUCGGACACAAUCUGGGACGAGAGCGAGAGCGAUCGCGACGCUACCGAUCCCGAGCAGGUGGAGGAGCAAACGGUGGAGGAGCGCUCGUUGAUGCUGAAGCGGAAAGAUAACAGCUUCUGCCUGUUUGAGGAAAACGAGGUCGACACGGACGACGUGCCGCGGAAGAAGACCACUAUCGAGGAACAAUGGGAGAAGAAUCAGGGCUUCGAGCUCACCUCGGUCGAGCAGGAGACCUACGAGAAGUAUUUCUACGGCUCGGAGCACUGGAACUACUUCACGAACGACGAGGAUCUGGGGCCGGUGAUACUCAGCAUCAAACAGGAGACGCUCAACGGCCGGGACCAGUUCAGGAUUCUGGUUCGAGCGAUCAGUUACACGGUCCACGGCCUUAUCCCCGCCAGCUGCGUGUUUGCUGAUCGAUACAAUCGAGAAGAAGUUGUACGUAGCCUCGGCAAGGAGGUGAACAUCAAUCCACCGCUGAUCUUGGGCCAAUUGCCAGACACGCCCGAAGAGCUUUUGAAGCUCGAUCAAGUUUUUAUCAAGUCGGAGUUGAAGGUGGGGAUGAUUUAUGUCCAGGAAGGUCAGUACAGCGAGGAGGAGAUACUCGACAACAACGAUAACUCGCCGCUCUUCGAGGAAUUCCUGCAGAUUCUCGGCGACAAAAUUAGGCUGAAGGGUUUCGACAAGUACAAAGGCGGUCUCGACACCGUGCACGAUUUGACGGGCCUAUAUUCUGUCUACACCAACUGGAGGGGUAUCGAGAUAAUGUUCCACGUAUCCACCUUAUUGCCUUAUGAGAAACACGAUCCUCAAAAACUCCAGAGAAAAAGACACAUUGGCAACGAUAUAGUGUGCGUCGUAUUUUUGGAAGCCGACAAUACGAGCUUCAGUCCAGCUUGCAUCAAGUCGCACUUUUUGCACACAUUUAUCUUGGUGCGAGUGAGCCCACGGAUUAAGCGGAAAAUCACGAGAUACGAGGUGUCCGUUGUCACAAGGGACGAAGUUGGGGCCUACAAACCGUAUCUAUGGGAGCAAAGUGUUUUCGAGAAAGGUCCAAUGUUCCGAGAAUGGAUGUUAACGAAAAUCGUGAACGGCGAGAGGGCGAGUUACUCCGCGCCGAAAUUCGCGAGAAUGCAGGAGCGCACGAGAAGUCAGAUGCUGGAGGACAUCGUGGCGAAUCUCGCUAAUCACGCGGAAACCGGACAGAUUCCGAAACCGUACAGGCGAGGCUCUUGGCGACCGAUCGGACACAUGAGACCGUCUUCGCCGUUACUGGACUCGGUACGAGAUCAAUUUGAAGAUUACGAUCAGCUCGCAAAGGACUUCACCCGAGUGUUCCUCAAUAAUUCAGCGAAUGUGACACUAAACGCUAGUUUGUUCGAUGUGUCUUUCCUCGUGCCGGGACAGCAAAAACAAAAAGUUAGAUUCAUCGGCGUUAGAGCGAUUCUAGCAGUAAGAAGCAGAGUGUUUCAAGAAAUGCUGUACGGGAUUCAAGCGGGCUUCGGAAGCCCACAAGUACCAGUUGCUGAAUUACUCGCAAGACCGGUACCGACGCUGCUCAGCCCGCAGAAACCGAAGAGCUCAAACUUCCUUCAAGUCCCCGACAUGGAAAGUCCAAGGCCCAAAAGCGUGCCCUCAUCGCCGAUGGUGAAGCGGGCCUUCUCGCGACUGGGCACGAUCACGGCGGGAUGGGGACGAAGCAUCAGAAAACACAGCAGUGGCAACACUCUGCAGAGCGAGGAUCGCAAACGAUGGGCUAGCUCGCAAGAUUGCAGUAAUAAAGAAGUGAAAGAUAAGGACAAAGCAGCCCAAUCAUUGGCGGUGCCGAGACUCAGCGUUUGCGCGGACGCGCAAAAAGUAGAUAGAGCGAAACUAGCGCAAACCGAGUUUGAUAUCAUCGAGUUCGACCCGGAGACUUUCCGAAUUCUACUGGAUUAUUUGCAUACCGGAUCCUGCCCGCUCACGUGCAGCAAUAUACCGGGUCUGAUAUGCGCCGCGGAGCAUUACGAUCUCCCGGAACUCCUUCAGGCUUGCUUCCAUCACGCCAAGCAGUUCCUCAGAAUUGAGGUUGUCUGCGUAAUGUUAUGCGCACUUGAGAAUUACUACUGGCGUUACACUUCCGCCGCGGAACUAGUCAACAUGAUCUUCGCAUUCGUCGAUACGAGGGUCUAUCAGCUCUUCCAGAACCCGGACUUCCUCACUCUGAGCGAGUCGAUGGUGCAGAUGAUCAUGAGCCGUCACACCCUCGAGGUGGCGGAAAUCAAGAAAUUCGAGGCGAUGUUAAGUUGGGCGAAGCACAGGAUCAAAACUAAAUCGAGCAAGCUCGACGCUAAAGUGGAGUUCAAGUGUAUCAUGGAGAGACUCAGCAAGGAUAUCAAGUUGUAUAGGAUAACACCUAACGAACUAAUUAGGAUCGUGCUGCCGACGAAAAUCAUAAAGAACGAGUCUAUCCUCGAGACUCUGAUGUACCAAGCGAACACUGGCAUAUACAGAAACGUCGACACCUAUUUGGAGGCAUAUCAGAGGAAAGUGCAGAAUCAAGAGAGCUUGGACUACGGAACUGUAAAUGUCAAGGAAUACAUGAGAGGUGCCGCAAGAACGAUAUGUACCUGAAGAUAUGAUUCGACCGACGAAUUCUCCGACAGCGAGGAAGUUUAAUUUCGUAAAUGUUGCUGCGCCCGUGUCAUACAUGUCAUCGGAUAUUGUGCGCGAUUAAACGUGACCUUUUCGCAGCGGCAGUGAUCUGUAAUCAGAAUAUCUGGCCGCGGUCGCGAUAUUCGAUAUGUGGGAAUCGAUAAUUACACUGCGAGGCCUGACAGGAGUUAUGAUAGAUUGCUCUGAGACCGUAUAAGGUCGCUCUGUGCCGAGCCACUCGACGAAUAACGAGUUUAGACGCAGUCUCGGCUCCAUAAACUUUAUUCGAUAGUCGCGCGAUAAUUCAAUCGCGUCUGGUGGCGUCUCAAGCUGCCAUCCUCGUUUUGCUUGCGGCAUCACGGUAAAUCAUUCGUUGGGGAGGAUAGUGAUAUAAGGCUGAUUACUGAUCGAGGUAUGACAUUUGAUGAAUAAUUUCAGAAAUUCCUUCAAAAAUUUGUCUGAGAAAUUCAGAAGUUUCCUAUUCGAGUGUCAAUUUGCUUAUUUGACAAAUAGCACGAACUUGUAAAAAAAUUGGCCUAUGUUGGUAAAACUGAAAACGCAACGUAUCGCAAUUUCGAUGCUUAUUUUCGGAUCUUUUAUGUUAGUGAAACUUGUCUUAUAACGAUAUAUAUUUUGUAAUCUUCGAAUUUAUUUAAUUGCUUAACCUUUUUCUCUUAUUUCGAAGUAAAUAAAAGUGGAAAAUAUCAUUCCACCUACGAUAAUACUAGAAUUAUUAAUAAUUUCCAAUAAGAUGCUCUUCCAAGGUCUUACGAGGCAGCGAGUACCUAAUGAUGAAUCAAACAAGAAAAUGAAAUAGAAAACGCAAUUUCGAUAUGAUCGACAUUUCAUAUUAAAGUUUCAUGAGUAGGCGUUGGCAAUCUCCGAUGCAGAGAAUUUGCUAUAUAUUAAUAUAAUUUUAACGUGUGAUUGAUGGAAGUAAAUGUCAAGUAUCGAUUGUAGAUGAAGCCGCACAAUCGCGGAAAUACGAGCGCGAGAAAAAGCACAAUUUUCGUACCGUUAACGCAAGGAGAUUCGCGCAAAUAAAAUCUGGUUGGUAAAGAGUCAAAGUAAUUAAUUAAAGAAUAAAGUAAUAAGAAUAAGGAUGCUCCGAUAUGAAAGGAGCCGAUGACGAAGGCAAAUCUGCGUAAUAUUCGUCGUAUGACACUGUCACCUGUCUUUCCGCGUUAAUGAAAGGGAAGAGAAGAAAGCAGCGAAAAUAACCAGACGAUAAGACAAUGUCGCCAUUUGAAACACGAUAUUAAUGGGCGAUCGAAAGAAGACUUUGACAGUCGUUGACCAGAAAGACUCUCGAUUGAGGGCGCGCAUCGUGCGUAUCGUAUAUCGGCGGCAUUUAAUAAAUUGCCGACAUAUGACAAUCUGUAUCAUAAAAGAAAGCGCUACUAAUAACACGACUAAUAACAUAAAAGAAAAAGAUUUAUUACUA